CAGGAACAUGAGUGACAGCAAGCCUGAAAAAUCUGUGAUGCAAGGAGACAAGAAGCUAGAUAUGGAUGAGGCACAAGACCUCUCCCAGUGGUGCAUGUGUCCAUCAGAAUUAAUUCAAGGUGAGUCCUAUAGCACUCUAUUGCAGAGAAUUUGCAAGUUGAGAUCCUCAGUAACAAAGGGGCCAGAAGCUGUAAAGCUGGCAGUGAAGGCUCCUCAUAUUGCUAGUGGACUCCUCAGGCUAAUUUGCUCCAAAUAUCCACAAAAAAUCAUUGAAAUUUUAGCUAAAAUUAAACAUUUUAUUCUGAAUACUUUCUUGAUUUUUGAAAUUUGCAGGAAUCAUAAAAUCUAA